GGGCCUGGUGGUCGGCCGGAGCCCGUUAUGGCGCAGGCAAUUUUUAUAGUGGCGCCAUUUAUGCUUGGCUCAUAUGCUGACCCCUGGAACUCAUUCUUGAUUCACUUGGACGGUUUCUUCUAGAGUCAGGGUUGAUGAGUGGUUUUCAGGACAGCAUGUGGGUAGUCUUGGCCACUGGGCGGUGACUGAAAAAUCCCAGGUGGUAGCUGGCGGAUUCGAACCGACGUUGUCCAUGGCGCGGUGAAUGCGGCGCCCGCACGCUAACCACUCAGCCACCGCCUACCCAUUAUUGCAGUCAAAAUAAUAUGUCUUUCUCCCUUUUUUUCCAGCAGUAAGAUGUAGACGUAAAAACAGGUCAAGGUAGGGCACGUGCCAGCGGGAUGUCAUGCGGUCCCGUUGGCGCGGCGGUAAACAAACAGCGGCAGCAUGGGGGACGAGGCGCCGCAGCCCGCUAAAAGGCCGCAGUUCGGGACCAGGUUUUUGAGUAGCAAGAAAAAUGUAUUCGAGCACAAUGCGUGAGGUGCAUCACCUCAGUAGCCUGCUGAAUCAGGUAGUGCGCAGGCAGCUUGGGUGUGUGGCUGUACGCUUGUUCUGUGAUGAAACCAAAUACCGAAAGAGGCCACAGGGAGGGGGGAGAGAACUGAAGGACUGGAAGAUGGUGUUUGUUCAUAACAACUGGGAUAAUGUUGUCUGGGAUGAGACACAAGAAGAAGAAGCUAAGGUAAAGGUACAAGAAAACUCGGAAAUUUUACUGACAACUGAAGAAAUAGCAAAGCUUGAACAAGAGGCCUCUAGUCAGUGGGAUGGUUUCUAUGGCAUCCACCAAAACAGAUUCUUCAAGGAUCGGAACUGGCUCUUUACGGAGUUCCCCGAGUUAGCGCCUCACCUGGCUCACACCUUCCCUCAGAAGCAAAACCCGGGUGAUGCAGUGCUCCCCCCCAACACACACCACCCGGACGCUGUACAGGGAGGUGCUGGGAACCCAACACUGGAACACAAGGAAGAAGAAAGACGAGAGUCAUCCCCACCACCAGAGUGCCAACCAUUUGAUUCCACCAGCACAAGCAGCCCAAAUGACCACACUGCUGCUUCUUGUAGUGCUAGUGAACCUCCAGACAAUUGUACUCAAGGGAAUAGUGAAGAGGGUGCAUUCCCAGGCAAAGAUGCAACAUUUCGUAUCCUUGAGGUUGGGUGUGGUGUUGGUAAUACUGUGUUUCCCAUACUCAAGACAAACAACAAGGAAGGCCUCUUUGUGUACUGCUGUGACUUUUCAAGCACUGCCGUAGACAUUGUGAAAGAAUCUCCAGAUUAUGACACUAAGAGGUGUCAUGCCUUUGUGUGUGACAUCUCUAGUGAGGACUGGGUGACACCUUUCCCCAAAGGCAGCCUUGACAUCAUCGUGUGCAUCUUUGUGCUCUCAGCUCUUCAUCCUGACAAGUACCCACAGGUGGUCAGCAAGAUGGUGGAGUACCUGCGGCCGGGUGGCUUGAUACUCUACAGAGACUACGGCCGCUACGACUUGGCCCAGCUCAGGUUCAAGAAGGGACGCUGCCUUGAUGAUAACUUCUAUGUGCGAGGAGACGGCACAAGGUGUUACUUCAUCACUCAAGAGGAGGUGAGGGAGCUGAUGACGGGCGCCGGCAUGGAGGAGGUGCAGAACCUGGUGGACCGGCGACUGCAGGUCAACCGGGGGAAGCAGCUCACCAUGUACCGGGUGUGGGUGCAGGCCAAGUACCGCAAGCCCCUGCCCCCCAGCACCGAGGACACAUAGAGCGCUGUAAGGUGAUGCAGGGACGGUGCUUCUUAAGGAUAUUCGGGCACUUUUAGCAUAACUGAUGUUCACAUUUUUUUAAUACAUCUCCAGAGCCCCGUCAGCGGUAGAUGCUAUCAGGUGGUUUAAGUUUGUCAUUCUGUCACCAAAGUGGGCGUCAGAUCCUGUCAAGUUGCCCCAACUUCUGCAGGAAGGUUUGCUUGGAAGGCUGUGUUGGGGCUGAGGGUGUUGCUGCCCAGCAGGUCCUCUAGGGUUGGCCUGUGAAUGUGGAGUCUGGUUAGGGAUGCUCUGAGGUUGGUGUGGAGGGAGUGGAAUCUUGGGCAGUGGAGGAGGAGGUGUUCUGGUGUGUCGGGUUGUGCGGGGCACCAUGGGCAGUGUGGGUCCUGGACUAUGUUCAGUCUGUGCAGGUGGGCAUUGAGGCAGGUGUGGCCAAUCCUCAGGUGGGUGAUGGCUGUGUCCAGGGGACGACUAGGGGAGUAGGUCCGCCGGUGCUGGGCAGGGGAGUGUCCAUACCGUCCGAGGGUGAUCUGUCUGAGGUCGGCUGUUAUACUGUUUUUUUCAAUACAAAUUUUGCCUUCCCA